GAGAGGACACCGGCGCUCGGGCUCCCGGUGCCGGCAUCAUGAGGCCUCUCCUCGCCCUGUUGCUCCUGAGCCUGGCGUCCGGCUCGCCCCCACUGGAAGAUAACAAGAUCCCCAGCUUGUGCCCGGGCCACCCGGGCCUUCCAGGCACACCGGGUCACCAUGGCAGCCAGGGCCUGCCUGGCCGCGACGGCCGCGAUGGCCGCGACGGCUUGCCCGGGACUCCCGGCGAGAAAGGCGAGGGCGGGAGGCCGGGACUGCCGGGGCCGCGUGGGGAACCCGGGCCGCGAGGAGAGGCGGGACCCAUGGGGGCAACCGGGCCUGCAGGCGAGUGCUCUGUGCCUCCGCGCUCCGCCUUUAGCGCUAAGCGCUCUGAGAGCCGGGUGCCUCCGCCUGCCGAUGCGCCCCUACCCUUUGACCGCGUGCUGGUGAACGAGCAGGGACAUUACGACGCCACCACCGGCAAAUUCACCUGCCAAGUGCCGGGGGUCUACUACUUCGCAGUCCAUGCCACCGUCUACCGGGCCAGUCUGCAGUUCGAUCUGGUCAAAAACGGCGAGUCCAUCGCUUCUUUCUUCCAGUUUUUCGGAGGGUGGCCCAAGCCAGCCUCGCUCUCCGGGGGUGCCAUGGUGAGACUGGAGCCAGAGGACCAGGUGUGGGUGCAGGUGGGCGUGGGUGAUUACAUUGGCAUCUAUGCCAGCAUCAAGACAGACAGCACCUUCUCUGGAUUUCUUGUCUACUCCGACUGGCACAGCUCUCCAGUCUUUGCUUAGUGCCUACUGGAAAGUGAGCUCCCGCUCUCUUGCUUCUACAAGAGAAGGGUGUAACACUGACAGCGGCACAUUCGGGAGGGCUGGCCCCCCCGGAAUAUUCUGAAUGACUAGGGAAGUGGAAUAGAGGCCUCUCCGUCCUGUGGCAAGCAAGAAAUGGAGACCCAGGCUGUCUGAGGUCUGGUGCUGGCAGCAUGGGGCAGUGGCUGGAUUUCUGCCCAACACUAAAGGAAUGUACUGCACUAGCAAAUGUGGGUCCCCCUGGUUGCUCUGGCCCAAGGUGGGGUGUUCUUUUCCUGGUCCUCUGCUUCUCUGGAUCCUCCUCCAUCUCUCCUGCUUCAGGGACCAACCCUUUUCUCAGAGAUCAUUUAAUAAAUUUAACAAACCCUC